UGCUCUGUCCAGCCAAUGAAAUGCGUCUGGAUUCAACAGGAGUAAUACUGAGCCCUGGAUAUCCUGACAGCUACCCAAAUCUCCAGAUGUGCGCAUGGACCAUUACUGUGGAAAAGGGUUACAAUAUCAGCAUGUUCUUUGAAUUCUUCCAGACAGAAAAGGAAUUUGAUAUACUUGAGGUGUUUGAUGCUCUCUACUGUAGUACUCCAGAGUCUCCUCCACAUGGUUUCAUUGUCAGUCAGACAGGUGGACAGCUCAACAGUAUGGUUCGCUGGGCUUGCGAUCGAGGUUUUCGGCUUGUUGGAAAAAGUACUGCUGUAUGCAGGAAGUCUCCAUAUGGUUAUUACUCAUGGGAUGUUCCAGUCCCAGCUUGUCAAGCAAUAUCUUGUGGAAUUCCUAAAGCUCCAUUAAAUGGUGGGAUAUUAACUACAGAUUACUUAGUUGGCACCCGUGUUACUUAUUUUUGCAAUGAUGGAUAUAGACUAUCAGCCAAGGAACUUACUACUGCAGUCUGCCAGCCGGAUGGUACCUGGAGCAACCACAAUAAAACACCUCGCUGUGUAGUUGUUACAUGUCCAAGCAUCAAUUCUUUUACACUGGAACAUGGAAGAUGGAGAAUAGUGAAUGGUUCACAUUAUGAGUAUAAAACAAAAGUAGUCUUCAGCUGUGAUCCAGGGUAUUAUGGUUUGGGACCAGCAUCUAUUGAGUGUCUUGCAAAUGGCACCUGGAGUUGGAGAAAUGAGCGGCCUUACUGCCAAAUUAUUUCUUGUGGAGAACUUCCUACACCUCCAAAUGGGAAUAAGAUUGGAACUCAAAUCACAUACGGAUCUACAGCUAUAUUUACUUGUGACUCGGGAUACAUGCUAGUUGGCUCUGCCGUGAGGGAAUGUCUGUCUUCUGGGCUCUGGAGCGGAAUUGAGACCAGAUGUUUAGCUGGUCACUGUGGUAUUCCCGAGCUUAUAGUCAAUGGUCAAGUAAUUGGAGAAAAUUAUGGAUAUAGAGACACAGUUGUAUACCAAUGCAGUCCUGGUUUUCGGUUGAUUGGUUCUUCUGUACGAAUAUGUCAACAGGAUCACAACUGGUCUGGUCAGCUUCCAUCUUGUGUGCCCGUUAGCUGUGGUCACCCUGGUAGUCCUAUUUAUGGUAGAACGAGCGGAAACGGUUUCAACUUCAAUGAUGUUGUGACAUUCUCAUGUAAUACUGGAUAUGUUAUGCAAGGACCAACCAAAGCACAGUGUCAGGCUAAUAGGCAGUGGAGCCAUCCACCUCCAAUAUGCAAAGUGGUCAACUGUUCUGAUCCUGGAAUCCCUGCAAACUCCAUAAGAGAAAGUAAAAUUGAACAUGGAAAUUUCACGUAUGGCACAGUGGUAUUUUAUGACUGUAAUCCAGGAUAUUUUUUAUUUGGCUCUUCAGUUUUAAUUUGUCAGCCAAAUGGCUACUGGGACAAACCUCUACCUGAAUGCAUUAUGAUUGACUGUGGCCAUCCUGGCGUUCCUCCUAACGCGGUCCUGUCUGGAGAUAAAUAUACGUUUGGGUCGACUGUUCAUUAUACCUGCACAGGUAGACGAUCGCUGUUAGGGCAGUCAUCUCGUACAUGUCAGUUGAAUGGGCACUGGAGUGGAUCUCUUCCUCAUUGCUCAGUUUGCAAAAUGCCUACUGACUUCAUGAAACCUCAG